AUUUUGAAUAGGUACAAUAACAUAAAUCCAUUGUUAUUGUAUGUAUAUAUUAUAUAUAAUUACGUAUAAAAGAGGGAUGCAGGCAUAUAGUGAACAGCAGCCACCUACCUACCUAUUACCUAUCGCAUGCUAAAAAGUGAUUUUUGAGAGGGGGUAUUGGAAAAAACAACCUGAGGUCCAGAAGAUUCAGUGAUCAACCGACAAACCGUGUUCUGACGUUGAAGUGAAACAUCCGUCGCACUUUUCAAGAGAUCUUACAAUUCGUACGUCUUUUGCAGUCAAUAUACCGACAUAUUUACUACGUAGGUACUUAGGUACCAAACGUCGUGAUAGGUAUCGAUUUAUCAACAGAAUAUUUAAACAUGGACGAAAUGAAACAAUUAGCAGAGGCAUUAAUGCAGUGUAAAUCAUUCAAAGAACGACAAGAACGUCUGAGUGAAUCUCUAGAUCAUCUGUCAUUCAACUAUCCUGAUCUAUACACUGUGUUGUAUAGAGAGAUGAAAAAAAGAGAACUGGAUUCCAAUGAUCCAAGUAAAAUUACUAAAUGGUUAAAUAAUCAAUCGUCAAAAUCAUUUGUAAGACUUCAUGAAGCAUUGAUGUUGGUAAAAAAUAACAACAUAAUGGCCAAAGAGGAGUAUAUGUACAAUUUAAGACGUAUGCUAAACCAAACAAUUGAAAAUGGUACCAACAUUCAGAUAGCAGUGAAAAUAUGCAAUUUGAUUGAGAAGUCACCAAACUUAACCAUCAUUCACAAGAAUUUGAAACAUCUAAUUCGCCAAGUAAACCAACUGAACAACAGUGAGCGCCACAUGCCGACAGAAACCUUGACAGGAAACUUUUGGCCAAGUUAUUUUAGACCACCGCCCAUAAAUCAUUUCCAACCAUUUAAUGUUCGGCCUGCUCAACAGCCGAACACCUCUGUUUGGCCAAACAUUCUGCAACCGACAAAUUUAAAUUCUGCUCCUGCAGGUCUACCACAUUUUAGAAUGGAAUGUUUUGGCUACAACCAUCUGGAAAUGAUUGCAAAGACCAACAGGGCCACUACUUUGGGGGACCCACAGUCACUUGACGACCUGACUAUUCUCAAUCAAGAAAUGGAUGGAGCAGUUGCCAAGUGGCUUCACUACUUGAAACUACAUAAAUACCAAUGGUUCUUCAACAGCCUCAGUUAUCUGGAAAUUGAAUUCAUUGAUGAGGACAAUAUCGAUGAUUUCAUAGCUAAAGUUAACAAAAAUUCCAUUACAAAAGGUGCACAAAAGAAGAUAUGCUUAUCAACAAAGACGUUGAGGGAUCGGACACAAAAGUUGAACAACUUAUUAUUGGCUUUGGAUUUGGAAGUUACUCCCAAUGAACUGUGUGAAUACAUGUCGUACAUGCGAGACUUAUUGCAUUAUCCCAUACCGAACAAGAAUUGUGUGGUUGGCGACCAACUACAACAAGACAUAGUCCUUGUCAUGGAGAAACUGUUAAAUCAACUGCUAGAAAAACUUGGAAAGAUUCGUUCUUUAGCUGCCCAGAGUCUACUUGGAAUGUCUAUCAACAAAUACUUGGAAUGCACCUUAUUAAUAAUCGGUAAUCAAACAUUCAUGAAACAGCAAAUUGACGAGACUUUGAUGUUUGCUGAAACUUUAAAAUGCAGAGUCCAUAGAAUUCCUAGAAAUUUUAACUAAUGUUUUCAUUAUUUUUCAAUUGGAACUUCAUACUAGAUAUUAUGCAUACUGCAUUUUUUAAUUUUAUUAUUUUUAUUUGCGACUGAUGCCUACCAGAUUUAUUUUAAUAUAAUUGUUUUUUUACCUAUAAUUUAUUUAAUUGUGUACGAUCUUAAUUUUUAAUAUUUUUAUACAGAUGCAUGUUGUAUUUAAUUGUUAGUACCUAUUCACAAUUUAUUGUUGUUGACUUAAUGAUUCGGUGCUUUAAACACUUGAAAAAUAUUUAUUACCACCAUAAUUUUAUAACUGGUAAAACAUUUUAUUCUAAUACUAUUUUACAUAACCAAAAA